AUAAACCCUUUAGCCCACUUCUUUCUCCCAUGCACUUGUCUCCCUCUUUCCUUCCCCUCUACCUUCUGCUCUCCUCCCCUUAUCUGAUCUCUCUCCAUAACUUGUCUCAAAAAACACUUGCUCCUUUUUUAUAUAAGUAGAGUUACUGCCUCUCUCUCUCUCUCUCUCUCUCUCUCUCUCUCUCUCUCUCUCAUUCUCAUAAGUUCAUAACCCAUCAGUUUCUCUCUUUACUUCUCUGACAUACUAUCUAGCUCUCAUUUGUCUUUCCCCUCAUUCUAUUCUAGUAUUCUCAGUCAAUUCAAGUUCCUUCUUCUGACACACCUCAAGCUCCAGUUAAUUAACAAUGUCAAGCAGAAGAUCCUCUCGUUCGCGGCAGUCGGGUACGUCCAGGAAUAUCAGCGAUGAACAGAUCACUGAUCUCGUAUCCAAGUUACAGCAGCUUCUUCCUGAGAUUCGCAAUAGGCGCUCCGACAAGGUCUCAGCGUCCAAGGUCCUCCAGGAGACUUGCAACUAUAUCAGAAACUUGCACAGAGAGGUGGAUGACCUAAGUGACCGGUUAUCGGAGCUUUUGGCUUCAACGGACAUGGACAGCGACCAAGCAGCCAUUAUUAGGAGCUUACUUAUGUGAUACUUUUGGAGCUUCCUAAUUAAUCAAGUUCAGUAGUUAUUAAUAUUAUAUUAUUCUCUUUUUGUCA